GAAAUUUUCAGUCGUUAGCGGAGAUCGAUCUGGUGAACAACUAGCACAGGAUUCAACAUGGAGAACAUUGAUGAGGAUCUGACCCCCGAGCAGAUUGCCGUUCUGCAGAAGGCAUUCAACAGCUUCGACCACCAGAAGACCGGCAGCAUUCCCACCGAAAUGGUUGCCGAUAUCCUGCGUCUGAUGGGUCAGCCCUUCGACAAGAAAAUCCUCGAGGAACUGAUCGAUGAGGUCGAUGAGGACAAGUCUGGUCGCCUGGAGUUCGAGGAGUUCGUCCAGCUGGCCGCCAAAUUCAUUGUGGAGGAGGACGAUGAGGCCAUGCAGAAGGAGCUGCGUGAGGCCUUCCGCCUGUACGACAAGCAGGGCAAUGGCUACAUUCCCACCUCCUGCCUGCGCGAGAUCCUGCGCGAGUUGGACGACCAGCUGACCAACGAGGAGCUGGACAUCAUGAUCGAGGAGAUCGAUUCCGACGGCUCCGGCACCGUGGACUUUGAUGAAUUCAUGGAAAUGAUGACUGGCGAGUAAGCGUAUUGGACCCAUCUCAUCCUAUUUAAUGUCUAUACCCGAACCCCGAGGCUUGAAUAAACGUUUUCUAUUUUA